AUGGCUCCUCCUUCGUUUCCGAGUUUUGGCCGUGGCACAGCCGCGAAGCGCAUGCAACCAGCAAAGCGGUAUAGACCCGGCAAGCCUAUCGCAGAUGAAGUUGAAUCGUCCGAAGAGGAAGAAGAGGAGGAAGAAGAGGAGCAACCAGAACAAGUACCGCAAAGUCGGCCUCCUCCAAGCUCUAGGAACAUUACCUCUGGCGUUCGGCAAGUCAAAUUGGAGGAGGAAGAGGAGGCAGAAGAUGAAGAAGGGUUUGUAACUGAAGAGGAGGAAAAUGUUGACGAUAUCCCUUCUAAGCCCCAAGCACACGCUACUUCCGAUAGACCUCCCGCUAGUUCAGUGCUGGUAAAGAAAGAAGAAGCGGAAAAAUCAGAAAUCGAGGAUGAGUCAGAGGAGGAAUCAGGUUCAGAGGAGGAAUCAGAAGAAGAGUCCAGUUCGGAGGACGAAGGUCCAAAGAGGCUGCUACUUCGCCCGACAUUUAUAAAAAAAGGCGACCGUAAAGCCGCAGCAGCUUUAAACAAUGGUGGUCAUAUUGCGACCUCCUCAUCUGCCCUAGACCCCGAUGCGGAAGCUGAAGAACUCAAACGGCGGAAAGACAAAGCAGACUUGCUGAUUCGUGAUCAAUUAGAAAGGGAUGCUGCCGCUCGGAUAGCUGGUAGAAAGACGUGGGACGAUGACAUUGACGAAUCCGGUGCAGGGGUUGAUGAGAACAAUAUUGACGAUACAGACGGCAUUGACCCAGCUGCCGAAUUAGCCGCCUGGAAACUCCGCGAGCUCAAGCGUGUUAAGCGCGAACGGGAAGCCAUUGAGAUUGCCGAAAAGGAACGAGAAGAGAUCGAACGCCGUCGUAACCUAACUACUGAGGAACGAGAGCGUGAGGAUCGUGAAUUCAUUGACAAGCAAAAGGAGGAACGCGACGCCGGAAGAGGAAAGGCUGGGUUCAUGCAACGAUAUUUCCACAAGGGUGCAUUCUUUCAGCCUGACUCGGAGAAACAUGGUCUCACUGAACGCGACCUUAUGGGUGGCCAUUACGUGGAUGAAAUUAAGAAUCGCGAGGCUUUGCCAGAGUACCUCCAAGUAAGGGAUGCAACCAAGAUUGGACGCAAAGGCCGAACAAAGUAUCGUGACUUGAAGACAGAAGAUACUGGACGAUGGGGCGUCGAAAACUAUUAUCGGUCAAAUGCGCCUGCAAGCAGUGCUGCUCGAUUUGGUAUUAAAGACGAACGAUUCCUUCCCGAUAAUAGGGAUGGAGGCUUCAGGAGGUCAUCCGGGCCAUCCGGAGCAAAUGCAAGUGUAGUUAAAGAACGCCGCCGUCCUCGCUCUAGAUCUCAUUCUCCUCCCCGUCGACGAGACCACUCAAGGUCAAGAUCAAGAUCUCCUUCGCGAAGAGAUCGGCACCGUGAUGAUAAUGACAGAAGCCGAAGGAAACGCAGCCCUUCACCAUACCACGAUCGUGAUAAGAGACGGAGAGUAGACUCCGUAUCAUAG